AUGGGCUGGUUCGACGGUACCUCGUCUCCUUCCAAAGGAUACUUUGUACGCAAGCGCUCCCCGCGCCGGUCAUCGUCGGGCUACUCUGUACAUCAUUCAAAACACUCACACUCCGCUCCGUCGAUUUUCAGUCUCGGCGGCCAUCACAACAAGUCGAGCAGCUCGUUCUUUUCCUCGUCGUCCUCCUCGCGGCGCGCCCGCCCGCGAUCGGGCUUCAUUGAGCGCAUGGUUCGUCGUAUCAAGCGAUGGAUCAGAGAUAUCUACUACUAUGCCCGCCGCCAUCCAGUAAAAGUGUUCAUGCUUGUCAUCGUGCCUCUGAUCACAGGCGGUAUCUUGCAGAAACUGCUCGCCAUGGUCGGCUUGCGCUUGCCUGGCGGAUUGGCAAACAUCGCCGGUGGCGGGCAAGGUAGCCGCGACGGCUUUGGGGAUCGUGGUCGUUCAGGUGGAGGUGACAAUGGGCUGGGAGAUAGUGUCAAAGGACUGAUGAACAUUGCGAAAAUGUUCAUGUGA